AGAAGUCCAAAGUCUUCUCCACCAGAACAAAUGAGACGCUCGCCACGCAAAUGUGACAUCAAGUCGCCUGUCAGCAACCUAAAUAAAUCUCCUCCCACUGCUACAACGUGCUUGGACACACUACACAUACAACACGAAAAGAUGUCAAUAGCCUCCACACCAUCUUCACCAACAAACCAGGCCGUGGAGAACGGCCGCAUACCAACGGCAGUAGCAAAUACGCCUACAUUACGAACAAUGUCCGAAACGUUUGUGGACUCAGAAGUAGAGACAAUUGACAAGAUCAGCGCCAUGAUUGCUAGCACUACAAAUGAAAGUACUCCGGUUGCAGAUGCGAAUAGUAAUUCUAGUAUCAAAAGUGUCGGCGAACGAGAGAGCAGCAUCCUCAGCAGUGGCGUUGUUCCGAGCCAAUUGCUGCCGCUGUUGCUGAACAUCCGCUCUGCUUUGGUUCAACAUCAAAACAUUGUCAAAGUCUACAGCAUCAUGCUCAGUGAUUCCUGA